AUGGCAUGCGCAUUGAAGGCUACUUUUGCAAGAUUUAAACCCCAUCUAUGCAUGGUUCUAUCUCAGAUAUGUUCAGCGUUUGUGUAUUUCAUUGCAGAAGCUGCUUUCAAUCAAGGGCUAAAUCCAUAUGUCUAUGUCACUUAUCGACUUAGCCUAGCUGGUUUGAUGAUGUUUCCUUUUGCCUAUUUUCUUGAAAGAAAAUCGAGGCCAAAGCUCACAUUACGAUUGUUUUUGGAGUUGUUUUUGGUUUCUCCCUUAGGGGUUUCUUUAACCUUUAACAUGUUCUUUGCAAGUAUGAGAUACACUUCUCCAACAUUCGUUGCAGCAGCGUUCAACACCGUUUCGUCUUUGACAUUUGUAAUUGCCAUCUUGUUCAGGCUGGAGGUUGUCGAUGUAAGGAGCCCUCGUGGGAUAGCUAAAAUACUUGGAACCAUAGUAUCCUUGGCAGGGGUCACAACCAUCACUUUGUACAAAGGACCUGCACUACAAAGCUUGCGGGAUGCUCCAAUUCAUAUUAAAAGAGUACUUUCUAUUCGUGAGAACUGGGUGAAAGGGUCAAUCCUUACUAUUGCUAGCUGCAUGACAUGGUCUUCAUGGUACAUUAUGCAGGCAUUUACUCUGAAGAAAUAUCCGGCACAACUGUCUCUAACAGCAUGGAUAGACUGUCUCGGCGGAGCACAAUCGGCUGUGUUUGCAGUGUUCUUACAGCACAAACCGGCGGUAUGGUCGAUCACUAUGUUCAGUAUAAAUUUCUGGGCCAUUAUAUAUUCUGGAAUUGUUGGCUCCGGGUUCGUCAUCUUCCUUCAGUUGUGGUGCGUGAAAGAGAAAGGGCCAGUUUUUGCAACCAUGUUUAAUCCUCUUCAAACAGUUAUGGUGGCAGUUCUCGCAUACUUUGUUUUUGGUGAGAAACUAUAUACAGGCAGCAUUCUGGGUGGAGUCACGGUUAUCAUUGGUUUGUACUUGCUAUUGUGGGGCAAGGAAAGAGAUCAGUCUUACACCAAGAGCCAUGAGCAAUCUUCUUCACAUUGUGAUGUUAUAAAGGUCACAGACAAGGAGGAGGUAGCGUCGGCAGAAGAGGAGGGAAACGAGCCAAUUGCUCAAAAGCAUGGCAGCCUAACACAAAAAAUUACUGCUACAAAAAUCAGACAACAAAGCAAGAGAGCAUCGAAGAGAGCUCACAAAAGGACCAGAGAGAACCAAGCAGCCUAUCCAACAGCAAAACCGUAUCUACAAGAAAUCCGUGUAGAUGGGUUUUCUGUUCCAUUUAUAAGCAAACAGGAAGCAAAGAGGUUUCACCAUACACACAAUAUGGCAUGGGCAUUCAAGCUGCCUCUGGCAAGAUACAAGCCACAUCUGAGUAUGGUUCUAGCUCAGAUAAGUUACACAAUUCUAUAUUUCAUCGUGGAAGCUUCCUUCAAUCAAGGGCUGAAUCCUCAUGUCUAUGUAACUUAUCGGUAUAUCAUUGCUGGCUUGCUGAUGUCUCCUUUUGCCUAUUUCCGUGAAAGACAAUCAAGGCCAAAGAUGACAGUUGCACUGUUUUUGGAGUUAUUUUUGCUUUCCCUCAUAGGAGUGGGCUUCACCAUGAACAUGUACUAUGCAAGCUUGAGAUACACUUCUCCAACAUUCGUUGCAUCUGUGUUCAACACCGUUUCUUCCCUAACUUUUGUAAUAGCUGUCAUACUCAGGAUGGAGGUUGUUAAUGUCAGGAGCCCUCGUGGGAUAGCUAAAAUCCUUGGAACCUUAACAUCCUUGGCAGGUGUCACGAUCAUCACUUUGUACAAAGGACCUGCAGUUCACAGCUUGUCGACUGCUCCAAUUCACAUGGAAAGACUUCCUUCUGUUCAUGAGAACUCGGUGAAAGGAUCAAUCCUUACUAUUGCUAGUUGCAUAACAUGGGCUGUAUGGUUCAUUAUGCAGGCAGUUACUUUGAAGAAAUAUCCUGCGCAACUGUCACUGACAGCAUGGAUGGACUGUAUUGGAGGCGGACAAUCAGCCGUCUUUGCAGUGUUGUUACAGCACAGACCAAAAGCAUGGUCGAUCAAGAUGUUCAGUAUUCAUUUCUGGGCCAUUACAUAUUCUGAUGAAAUUGAAUGCCAGGGGAUAGUAUGCUCUGGUAUUUUUAUCUUCAUUCAGUUUUGGUGCAUGAAAGAGAAAGGGCCAGUCUUUGUCUCCAUGUUUUCUCCCCUAGCAACAGUUAUGGUGGCUAUUUUCGCAUACUUUAUUCUUGGUGAAAAGCUACACGCGGGGAGGAUACUGGGAGCAGUCCUCGUUAUCGUUGGUUUAUACUUGCUGUUGUGGGGAAAGGAUCGAGAUCAGGCUUACAUCAAUACCCAAGAGCAACCUUCUUCACAUUGUCAUGGGCUAGAGGUAACCUACAAGGAGGACCUAACAUCAGGAGAAAAGGAGGUACCUUGAACGAAACAUCAAAGUGCUUCAGGCAGUCCAGGAUUGGCUAAAUAAUUUGUCCUCUUCUGUUCCGAAGUUGAUUUGUUUUUAACACAGUAGCCACAAGCACCUAUAGAUCAGUAUCAAAAACUCAUUUACGUUGGUCUGUUGUUGCAUAC